AUGUGCCUUCUUCUGUUAUGGCUUUUCAUGACCAUAAAAACUUCAUGCAAAGUGUACUUAAUAGAUUUUUCCUGUUACAAGCCGCCGGUUUCACAGAAGUGCACGAAAGAGAUUCUUAUUAAAAAUGCAAUUCUUAUGAAAAAGGCAAGAGACGGUGGACUUCUCUCUCAAGGGACGCUGGAUUUCAUGAGAAAACUACUGGAAAGAUCUGGGCUUGGUGACUCCACUUAUAUGCCAGAGAUCUUUUCUGAUGAUCAAAGGUAUACACCAUCUAUAAAAGAUUCGAGAAGGGAAGUCGAGAUGGCCAUUUUUGGAUCAAUAGACAAGCUUCUUGCUAAAACAGGUGUAAGAAGUGAGGAUAUUGGGAUCGUAAUUGCGAAUUGUUGUAUUUACAACACAAUCCCAUCUCUUUCAAGCAUAAUAGUUAAUCAGUAUAACCUUCGAGAAAAUGUCGCCAGCUACAAUCUUGUUGGGAUGGGAUGUAGUGCAGGUCUUCUCGCAAUAGGACUUGCUAAACAGCUCCUCCAGGUGCACCAAAACACCUUCGCGUUGAUAGUGAGUACAGAGAGCAUUACAGAAAAUGGCUACCUGGGAGAAGAUCAUUCCAAGUUCAUUGCCAACUGCCUGUUUCGUACCGGCGGUGCCGCCAUACUCCUCUCCAACCGCCCCUCCGACUACCAUAUCUCAAAAUACCACCUUCUUCACACUGUACACAACAACACAUCAAGAUCAGAUCGCUCCUAUAACUGCAUAUUACAGGAAGAAGACACCGCCGGGACAGUCGGCGUCACCAUCAAUAAAGACCUUCUCACCGCCGCUGUUUCCACCAUCGAAGCAAACCUAACCGCUUUAGGUUAUUUAAUCCUUCCGAUGACAGAGAAACUUCUCUACGUAACAAACUACAUCACCAGAAACCUCCUUUCAGGAUACAAAAUCCAGCCUUAUGUACCUAACUACAGCAAGGCCGUCGAUCACUUUCUCCCUCACGUCGGCGGAAAGCCAGUGCUCAACGAACUGCAGAAGACCCUGCGGUUUUCCGAUGCCGUCAUGGAAGCUUCGAGAAUGACACUGUACAGAUACGGAAACACCUCCAGCAGCUCGAUAUGGUAUGAGCUGGCGUACGUUGAGGCACAGGGUCGGGUCAAAAAAGGUGACCGGGUUUGGCAGAUGGCAUUCGGGUCGGGUUUCAAGUGCAGUAGUGUGAUUUGGCGUGCAAUGAAGACUGUUGAUUAUGAUGACAACAAUCCAUGGACGGACGAGAUUGCUGGGUUCCCAGUGACUUUGAACAAAUGUGAACCAAUGCCGGUCUUUUUUGAACCUACCAAGAAAAAUUAA